CAACCUGCUAUUUUUCCUUCUGUUAUCAUUUCGUGCUCUGAACCGCUUUCUUCUUCUCAUGCUAUUACAAUUGGUCAUGAUGUUUCUUCUACACCUGUUGCUUCUUUCGUUCUCUCAAAUGUGUCUAACGACCUUUCUUUUUCCUCUUCUUCCUCCCGUUUUGUUCAUGCUGGUGUUUCUGACUUUACUCGUAUGCCUUUAGAUUCUGUGUCUUUAUUUGAUUCCGAUGAUUCAGCGUUUGUUGCAGAAGGCUUAUAUCUCGGUCUCAGUCAAUUUGUUUCCCGUUCAUCGGAGUCUUUCACUGAAAUUCCUAGCUUUGUUAUAGAAGACAGCGUCAUUUCUGUUGAUGCUCAUGACGUUUGUUUCACUACGUACUCUGGAGAAAGUCUUGGAGAGUUGUCUGAUUGUCGACAGGCUGGCAUAUCUUCAGUACAUGAUAUUUCUGCAGAAUCAGUGCCUUUCUUUAUACCUGAAGCUUCAGUUCUUGCUGUAUCGGGAUAUGAAUACAAAUCAUUAAAUGAACUUGGAUCAAGCAAUAGAUUACCAUCUAUUGUUCAGGACACUGCAAAUGUAGUGGAUUCACAUGAUAUUCGGGAAGUAUCUGAGGAGAGCGUUAUUGGUAAAGAUUCUUCAAUAACCAAUGGUCAAAUUGUUUUGCAAACUUCUGGCUCAUAUCAUUCCGCUUUUCGAUGUGAUCCUGAAUAUGGCAUUUCAGAUUAUUCAAACAGCUUAAUAACUGAUAGUUUUGCUGAAAUGAUUAUGAAAGAACCAAACCAUGAUACCGAAAUCUUGUAUUCACCUAAAGAUCAAGAUGCACUAUGUUAUCAGCUUCAAUCAGGUGUGUCAUUAGUAACUGAAACACCUACAAAGUCAGAUGUUUUAGAUAAAUCUCCGCCCUCAGGAAAAUCUGACUUGACUUAUCUUGCAGCAGCAUCAGGAGCAAGUGUAGCUAUGGAAUUUACUGAAGAGGAAGAGGAGGAAGAUGAGUUCUCCAUGGCGUGUCCUGGUAGGAUGAAAACACUUGAACAUGGUGAUUCCAGUCAAUUAGUUCAUUCAGCUCUUGAUAGGUCCGCUAAAAUGCUUACUCGUCUUCAAACCUAUGGAUUUCGAGGGAAUUUGAUGGGUACAAAUUCGCUUGUUAAUCUUAAUUGGCAUGCAUCAGAAACAAAAUUAACAACUCCGUGCAUAGAAUUCUUCGAAAAUGAUGAGAAUACUAAUUCAUUAGCCCAUCAAAAUAUACCUACAUCAAACGCACAUAUGAAUAAGGUUACAGAGCUCGAUCGCGAAGAAUAUGAGGACUUUGAUGGUGAUAGUCUUGAAGAAUUAAAUAUCCCAUUUGAAAUUUGUAAUACAUAUAACACAUCACGUGAAAUAAUUACAGAUGAAACUGAAUGCGGAAACACUAGUCUGUUCCCGUUCCCUGAGACUGUUGCUACAAAUCAAGUCUUCAACUAUGACAAUAAGUUAAAAUCUGAUACAGAUUGUCAGCAAGACUCUUUUAUUGAAAAAGAAGUAUCUAGACGUCAACAUUUAGAUUCAGAACUUGUAAUCUCCUCUCAAUCCAGUUCCACUAAAAAGAUUUCAUUCAGCCCAGACCAUGAAUUACAAACAAGUUCCACUGCAGAUGAAUCUAGUUUAAGCAGUCACUCGACAAUUGUGAAUGUUGGAGUAAUGAACCAGUCACCAGUUGUCCCUCAACUUAUAAGAGGAAAUCUAAUCGACGAAAAGCUAUUGUCUCAGAGUUUAUCAUCUCAGGAACAUGAUUUUGGUGUAGAUGCACCCGAUAGUAUUCAGCUACUGGAGUCAAAAACCACCCUAGCAUCUAUUGAAAGCGAUCUUGAUAUUCUUGGUGAGGAAAUAAAGCUAAAAGAUGAUAACGCUAUAUUGCCACUUGGUCAGAAUUCGGUUCACCUAUCUAGCGUCGCUAAAAGAAAGCAAUCAAAUUUUAUAUCUAAUCUAUUAGGAACAGAGCCUGUGGUAGGAAGUACUGCAUUACGAACAUCUACAGAUGUCAGUAACGUUCCAGUGUCGCAACCCAUCUGUACUACUGAAGGACAUAUCAAGACAACACAACGCUACUUUCAUGAACCAAUCGGAGGACAUGUCAGUUUUCCACAAAUUUCAGAGGGUUCUUGUGAUAAACAGUUAAAAUUUUCUAAUGAUCGGGCUAAAUCCUCGCCAUCCAGUAUUAAUGUGGAAAAAAGAAUAGAAACAAGUGAUGAGAACGUUACCAGUAGCUCACUGUCCGAAUUCGAACGACUAGAAAAAGAAUUGGGUACUAGCAAUUCUACUUCCCCUAGUAGUGGUCAUAAAGGAAGUGGUGAAGAUGUCAGUUCACAUACGUCAUCACUUUCUGAGUAUCUACGUCAUGAAAAAGAAUGUGAAAGUUUCGAUGAGAUUUUGGCAUUACCAUUUGACUCAAAACUUAAACUAAAAUUCAACGAUUUAAUAGAUAUAAAUGGUAAACCAAAAACAGUGGUCACAGAUAUGUUAACUUCGAAUAACCUAACACCACUUUAUGGACAAAUUUCAACGAUUUACGAAGAUGUGGCGGAACAUCAUAUCAGUUCACUCUCACAGAGUAUAGAAUCUCCAACUACUUCACUUCAUUCAGCUAAAGAUGAUGAUCAAAUAUCAUUUACAUACUCAAGUCAAAAAGAUGAAAAUAAAUCACAGACCGGUUGUUCUGAUUCUGAACUUUUAAUAAUAUGUUCGAAAAUGCUCAGUGAUCCUUUACAGGCCGAAAAAUCUAAAGAAAGUUUAACUUCUAGUUCAGAAAUAGAACCUUUGCUAGACAGGGUCGACGAUCCACUGACAGGAGUAGAAGAAACUGAUUCACUAAUUUGUUCUUCGAUCUAUGACUCUUUAGUACCUUCUGGCUAUGAAAACAGUAUAUACGAUGGGACACCGAACAUGAAUUUCGGAGUAAAUGAUAACUGGAGAAACCGCAUAUCCCGCAGAACAGAUUCAUUAGAUGAAAGCGAACAUGAACAACCCAGUAAAGUUACUGACUCUCUCUGCUCCCCUUCAUCGUCAGAUAUUUCAAACAGGAAAGGGGAAAACAAAUUAAGUCCGCCGGAAGAAAAUGAUCAAGGUAUAAUAGAAUUUAAUUCUGCCCAUAUAGAUAUCUUACAUCAACAAUACAUCGGAACUAUCGUAGAGAAACAGUCUUGUGCGGUAUUUCAAAAUAAAUCUUGUUUAAAUGAGAGGGAAAGCUCUAUUACUUAUGGAAAACAGCCUCAGUCAACGCAUUCUGAUGAAAAGCAAGACUCAAGUACAUCUGUGUCAGGAGUUGCACAGUAUGAAUACCUUGAUAAGCCAAUACUUGGAAAUUGUAUGACAGACUCAUUAGACGACAGCGGUUCAGUUAUAGAACAACCAGGUACUAAAAUAUCUUCAAUUGAAUGUUCAGCAACCACUGAGUUUGUAACAACAGGAAUACCAUCUUGUUCAUUCUCUACAGCACCAAUCCCCCUAUUAGCUACUGAAUCUAAAGCACUUAAAUAUUCUAAAGUUAUAAAAACACUUAAAAGUGAUGUUUCUUCAACUGUGGAAAAAGUUACUGUUCCUACCACAUCUGGGGCAAUAGCUCUUCCAAUAUGUAGUAGUUCCUUACAAAGUACCUACCAAGAUGGUGAAAGAUAUGAUCUUAUUUUAAAAAUAGAUUUGAACCCUCAGUCGACUGUAUUCGAUACUUCAGAAGAUGAGAUUUUUGUGGAAGAACCGUCAAAUGAUCUUCAACAACUGAAUAGUGUAACGACUGAUGACGUUUCAGCUGUAGCUGUAGAUUCGAAAACGAAAGAAACCCUAAAAAUGGAUAAUGUACCGUCAGGAGAAGUUAGUGAGGCAUGUAAACAAAUCAAAUGUAAAGAGUUCAAAGAGUCGUUCAUAGUUGAAACUUCCUCCGACUCAGAUUAUGAAAUGGUCAGUAUCACUGAGAGAGAAAAGUCACCAAUAGCUUUCAUGUCAGAAAAAAUGAAGAAGGGUAAUGAACAAGAGUGAAAAAGAAAGAAAAUAACAACCUUAACCUUGGUAAUGAUGAUCUGAAUGGGAUUGUUUGGUCUUCUUCAUAUCAUGUCAACAUAAAGCGUACCUAAUUUAUUAAUUCUGUCUUUUCAUGUCAGAUUUACAAAGUAUUUAUUUUCCUACCUACUAUUACUGUUAUGGUUACUGUGAUUAUUGUUAUUUUUUGCAUUUCCUUCCUUUAAAUCAAUUUAUAUUCAGACAUAAGCACAUUUAAAAUUCCUAACACUUAUCUGUUUAUCGACGCCUAAGAUACAUAUUUUAAAUUUUUUGUCUAUAAAAAUAAAAUAAAAGUAGAAAGAAGCAUAAAAUAUUGCUGAUUUGUAUAUACACAAACACAUAGACACAGUAGUACAUACCCCAGACAUAUUUAUACACAUAAAACAGCCUUUUAUGAUACAGUGGAAUUUGCUAAGCUGAACUUCAAUGUAUGUCGACUACACUGGACUCAUAAAUCUGGAUAUGAUUGGUACCGACUGUUUAGAAGCAAUUUUUCAACCUAUAUGAAAAUCAAAGGAACCAAGAUUUGCGGCCCGAAAUGGAGAACCAGCUUAACACUAAAGAAUACUUUAUUCAAUACAAUUACACACCGUGAGUCAGGAGUAGAAAGCAAUGAUAAAAAAGAAAAUCACACAUUUAACAGUCCGCAACCUGUGGCUGUUUGUCCACGCUCAACGACAAAUCAUAUUUUACUCUCAUUACCACACAUCAGAGACGAACAUUCUCACAUUUUCGAACUAGUUUAAUUUUGAUUUAAGAACCAAUAAAUAAUUUUAAAAAACUUGUGUGAUCUGAUAAGAAAAAAAUAUUUUGAAGUUGGUUAGUCUUCGUUUACAACCAAACAAUCCCUUUUUACCAUGGAAUUUCAUCUAUUACUGCUGAAUCACACAUAAUCGAAGAGAUAAAUUUAUUUGAGAUUUAGGGCGUUUACAUAUGCCCUCGAAUCUAUAACUAAACAUUGUUUUGUUAAGUAAUCAAAUUUCUUUUUUAAGUUCUACUUUCUGUUUUUAUUGGUUAUUUCCAGCAUUUUGAUGAAUGAUUACAGUUACAAAAUUCGCAGAAAAUUACAAGAUAUUCAAUGUCUCCAACUUCGACAAAAACUUGAAAAAGGUUCAAGAAAAACAGAAGCGUUAUUAUGCUACUAUUUAAAAUUCUUAGACAGUAAUACAUGUCUGUGUGUGUAUUUUUUUUUAAUGACUUUUAUCGAAUUCAACGGAAAAAAAGAACUCGUUCGUACUGUCUAACGCACAAUCUCUUAAUCACCAAACAAGCUGGUCAAAUCUCACUGAAUUCGUCAAAACUAGAGAUCACAAAACAUUUUUGAUAAAAAUAUUUCUAUAUUAACCAACUGAAAUUUGAUUUACCCCCGUUUGCAUUACAUAAUGUUGUUUAUUGCUAAAAUGUCAGUUCAUGAGAGAUUUAUUUGAACUCAAAAUUUAAUCUAACGAAAAUAAUCGCACCAUUAAAAUACCUCAUGAUUUGUUGAACUUUUGAGAACAUCUUACUCUUAAACUCUGGAUAAGCUUAAUUGGAAAGUAAGCAGAAUUAACGAAAAAUCAUUAGGGUACGAGAAAACUUAAACUGCAUCCAACAUCUUUACUGAACCAUCUACUCCAACGUAAUUUAACACACAACUAAACAUGACAAAAUGUGCAUGCUUUAUUUGAGUUAUGGCAUUUGCAUUCAUCUACUUCACUACCCGUUACUGCAAACACUCAUAAAGAUUGUGUUACUCUAUUUACUAUGUUUCAGGUUUUCUUGCUUUCUCAUUAUUUCCUCAUCUAAUUUGACCUUUUACUCACUUCAUAUUAGUAUUUUUGUUCGAGUUCGAAAUCAUUUUAGUCAGAGAACCCUAUGAAAAGCCAUUUAUGCCAUCAAAAGUAUGCUUACUCAUCGUGUCAUCUGUUCCGAAGUUCCUCUGAGGAAUGUAUCUUUUACACCUUCCAUUCUCGCAUCGAAUACGAAAAAGACAAAGCCUCUUCGUUUUCCUUUUCAUAUGAAGUGAAUUUUGUUUCGAAUUCAUUUUUAUUUGCUAUUUCAACUGCCCGCUUUUGUAUGUUUUUCAUUUUUGGAUUUCAAUUCACUUGUCUAUUUUUCCUUCCCCAACUAUUUACGUAAAAUGCUAUUUUGCUUGCUUUUUUAGAUUUCAUUUUUAUUUCCCUGAUUUUUACCUUUUUUGAGGAGUAAGAUGAGAAAGAUGGGGAAAGGGGGUAGAGGGAGAAAGGAAGUUAAUGAAGAAAAUAAUACACACAGAUUACAACUGCCAUUUAUAUCCACUUCUAUGUAAGAUAUGAAUAUUAAAGUAGAUGUACUAUUUUUAUUCACAUUUCCGUCUAAACUCGUACUUUCUCUCUCUAUUUCUCUUAAAUUUUGCUCGAUUAGCUUGGGAAAAGAUUCAUGCAUAACCAUACAGCAUUUUUGAGAUAAAAAUACUUUGAUGAAUGAUCUUUUCGUGAACAACAGUGGGGUUUCGGUUUUGUUAGUAUACAUUUUUCAUGAAUGAAAUAUGGUGAGGUGGUCAACAGUAAGACUCUAGAUGAUAUUCUUGUUCAGGCGAUUUCAUUAUCUUUCAUGUCUUUCACCCGUAUAUUCUGUCAAAUAUGAUAAUUAAUUUGCGUAAAAAUACUACAGCAUACUAAGCUAACACCUCUUAAAUUUUAAUGGUUUAUUCAAAUCGUCGUGUAAGCAAAACCAAAUGGAAGUGAGCCACCAAAUGAAAUACAGUGAUUAGAGUCACUUUGUAAAUGCAUGGAGAGAGAAAUCUAAGAAUCUCAAUUCGUCUCCAAAUCUCAGUUAUGGUUUUGAAACUAUGCCAACCUAAAAUAGUGUUUGGCGAUUGUACAAUUCUUUGUUAUGACUUGGUUUAUUCACGUGAUUGCAAUAAAUAACCGGAUGACUUAACGACAAAGACAGACCCUGACUCAUUCGACACAAUUACAGAUUGACCGGAAUAGGAACCUAGUUGAUUAGUCGUUUUAUGUACUUAUCCUGGUUUCUUUGUUUAAUAAUAUAUUCAAGAUCCUUAGGGAUUCAAGUAGCCGACGAAACGCAAUAUCAUCCAGCCAUGGAGAAUAAAAUGAUAAAGUGAAAAUCAAUUUCUUAGCUCUAUAUUAUAAUGAUUUACAUUAUAUUUAUUUGAUGUUUCCGUUUAAUUCGCAUUUGACCAACUGUUUAACGAUUAGCAAGUUAAGUAACAGGUUAGAAACAAGAAUAAAAACAAACUGGGCUAAUGAUAAUGCACACUCAUAUUCCUCAAGGCAAAUGGUAAAUUUAGAAAUUGUAAUGAGAAGACAAAAUUUAUUGGAACUCCAUCCCAGAAGUUCAUAAGAUCGCUAUAAGACUUUAUGAUUCUCCUUCUACAUGGAUCUAAAAGUCCAGAUCCCCUAGCUAUCUUCUUACUAGACGGGAUACUAAUCCUGUAAGGUGUGUGUGUAGAUUAAUCCGACAUGACCGUAUGAGAUAAUGUUUGAUUGAUGACAUCUCGCACCGUCUGACUAUGCCUUUCUAAUUCAGUCUCAUCUUCUAUCUGAACUCAACAAAAUCUCAAGGAAGAAAAACAGUAGAACUAAUUUGAAUGAAAUACUAGUGAAAACGUAGUCUAUGCAUAUCUGAUUGUGAGUUCAACUCAUAACACGGUCCACCCAAAAAACCACUGGGACUUCUAUUUAUGUUAUUGUAAGAUUGAAAUUUUCAUACUAGUGACAACUUUGCUUGUUGAAAUUAUUAUUAUUAUUAUUGAGUAUAUACAGCCAAUAAUAUUGCUUUGUAAAGUCAUUUUACUCAGGCUUACGAAUUCUAGAUACAUUCCGUAUUUCACACCACUGACAACUUUAUCCUAAAUGUUUGAUUUGAAGCAAUCUAGAAACCAUAUCUUUCCAGAAAUUGUAGACUUAUUUCACUAUUACUCAUCGGUUUGCAUCGACUUGGUCGUGCCCGUAAAUUGGCAUUCAUUUUUAGAAUUACUUACUAUUAUUAGCGUGAUAUCAUGUGAAUCACACAUAGGUCCUAUAAUAACUUCUUACUGAUAGUUUUCUCAUUGUGCCUAAGGGAAUAAUUACACCAGGAUACGAAGCUUUUUGAAUUAUUUGCCCCCUACCAAAUGAUUUUAGUCUGUACCACUCUCCCACUUGUCAAAAAUCGUCGUUCUAGACACCGAAUGGAGUCCCCACUUUUGAUACAGCAAAAGUAAUCUUCCUAUUUUAGUGUCAGACCACAACUCUUGUUAGAGCCAUCAUAUCGUCUCAUGUAUUUUCUGAAUAGUGAGAUUGAUAAUAUUAUCAGGGUGAUAUUUCUUGGAGUUAAAUUUCCAAAUGAAAUAUUAAUAGGAAUAAAGCCUUCUACCAUUUUACACUUUAAAACCGUAACUGAAAAUCUAACUGUUUUUAUCUGAAACACGAGAGCCGAAUUAACAAGUAUCCAUAGCUAUUGACAACUUAGUAAUACGAAAGUUUGUUUUUCAAAAUAAUCCAGACCUAUUAAUACAGACGACGAGUCUUUUGUUCAUGUUCUGUUGAUGGAUAUUAUUCAGCAACAAUCUCGGAGGCUCAAAGUAGACUCUGUGUGACAUAAAGAGUGAUAAAAAAUGUUAUUUCUUUUCUACGUUUGAUCGGAAGAAUUUAGCUCGUCAAUUUCUACCAUCGGUAUAAAAGAUAUAAAAGUGACAAGAAGGAAUAUCAGGUUACAUAUUAGUUGUAAGAAAAGUGAAUUCGAGCAUUCAGACCACUAAGGUUGUCACUGAUUAAAAAUAUUACCGACUUUAGUGAUACCACACCUGUUAUAUCCCGGUGAAGAUUAAAUUACAGGUAACUUCCGAGGACUAUUAAUGGAUUAAUAUUCUAUAAAUAUUCUUAUUGUAAAACUAUUGAAUAAUUAGAUUAUGUAUAUUUAUAUUCCCCUUAUUAUAAACUUUAUUUUGACCUAUAUUUUAUUAUUGUAUGAUUUACGAUUCUUAAGCUAUGCUCAGUCUAUUAAUUACUGUCCCCCUCGUUCACAGUCACUUUUUGGCUUAUUUAUGUACACAUGUCAUUUUCUAUUUUAUGGUACGUUGUGGUCUGUCUGAUUGAUAUAUAAACCGAGUAUGUCUG